GCCCAAACCCUAACUAUAUAUAUAGCCUUCCAUCGCAAAUUCCCUUAAAAACCCUAGGAACCGUGCGACCACAUUCCUAAGCAGCCUCCUCUGGUCUUCUUCUUGGCGCUCCGUUACAGCUAAAUAUGAAGGUGAUAGCCGCUUUUUUGCUCGCUUUGUUAGGUGGUAACCCUAACCCCACAGCCGAUGAUUUGAAGGCUAUUCUCGGAUCAGUUGGAGCCGAGGCUGAUGAGGACAUGAUUAAGUUGUUGUUGGAUCAAGUCAAGGGGAAGGAUCCAUUAGAACUUAUUGCUUCUGGAAGAGAAAAGUUGGCUUCAGUGCCUUCUGGUGGCGGUGGCGGUGGUGGUGUUGCUGUUGCAGCAGCUCCUGCUUCUGGAGGUGGUGCUGCGGCUGCUGCUCCAGCUGAAGAAGCGCCUAAGAAAGAAGAGAAGGUUGAAGAGUCUGAUGAUGAUAUGGGUUUCAGCCUUUUCGAUUAGGAGGAUUGUUGCUGGUUCAUUACAUGUGCGUCUUGUCUUUUUUGGUGUUUUCGACGUUUAAGGAUUAUGUAGUUGGAUACCUAGAUAAUGAGGUUUUGUAAUUUUCGGUGGGCAAAUUAAGUCGAAAUUGUCAUAUAAUUGUUAACUUACUGAUUUUAGCUGUUUGGGUUCUGAUUUGAUGGUUCUCAUUGCGAAUUGUUUGCGUUAAUGCAUUUCAACCUUUCUGGUUAGUUGUUUAGUACCAAUGAAUACGGGUUUGAUUAACCCACACC